CGCUUCAUUUCCCUUAUUUGCUAUGUUCUUUCCUUCAUUUCUCGGUUAACUUGCUCCAAAGUUUCUGUCUUUUUCCAAAUAAGUUCCGUCGGUUGUUUCAGUUCUAGCCUAGAAAAAAGUUGAUUAAAGCUUCAAUUUUGUGCUAAAUUAUGCUCUCUUUAGCAUCUUAAUUGUCUCUCUAUUUCUUUCACCUCUCUGGUGCCCUGAGCUUUCGCUUUCGACCAUCAAGCCGUGAUGUCACUGGUUUAUAUCUUUGGAAGACCUAAAUGGGAUAUUGUAUUUCUACCUUUGAGUUUGUCCCUCGGGAUUUCUUGGUUAUUGGAUAGAAAAGUAAGUUUGUUGAUCUUUGGGGAGUGAUAUGGGUGAUUUAUGCGUUUGACAAAGCUUUUGAACUUAAAGAAUGAAUAAUUUUAAAGAAGGGUAAGGCAUAUUAGCUGUUGACGCAGUUCCAUUUUGAUCUCAGAGAAAAUAGGUUUAUCUCUGUGCAAAAUAUAAAGACAUUGGUGAAAGUUACACACACUAGAGUAGACAUGGCUUAUGGUGGAGCACCAGCGGCAAUGACUGGCAUAGGUUCUGCUUCAGCUUCAACAGUCAGGCAAGUGAAACUGGACAGAGAGAGUGAGCUGAGAAUUGAAGUCAGUAAUGAGACACCUCUGCGCCUUCGGGUUCUUAAUGGCAAUGCCGAGAUUUUUGGAACUGAAUUACCUCCAGAAAUCUGGCUCAGCUUCCCCCCACGUCUUAAAUUUGCCGUUUUUACUUGGUAUGGAGCCACAAUUGAAAUGGAUGGCACUACUGAAACUGAGUAUACGGCAGAUGAGACUCCCAUGGUCAGUUAUGUAAAUGUACAUGCUGUACUGGAAGGACGAAGAAACCACGCCAAAGCAUCUGCAUCAAAGGGCUCAGAUACCUCUCAGGUGCAUGGCCCUAGGGUAAUUGUUGUAGGACCGACAGAUUCUGGCAAGAGCACUUUGUCAAGGAUGCUUCUUAGUUGGGCUGCUAAACAGGGUUGGAAACCUACAUAUGUGGACCUGGAUAUUGGCCAAGGAUCAAUAACAGUUCCUGGAAGCAUUGCUGCUACCCCAAUUGAACUGCCCAUUGAUUCGAUUGAAGGAAUUCCUCUUGAAAUGGCCCUUGUUUACUUCUUUGGGCACACCACUCCUAGCAAUAAUCUAGAUUUGUACAAAGUACUUGUGAAAGAGCUUGCACAAAUGUUGGAGAAACAAUUUACUGGUAACGCAGAAUCUCAAGCAGCAGGCAUGGUAAUCAAUACCAUGGGUUGGAUAGAAGGUGUUGGCUAUGAGCUAAUACUUCAUGCAAUUGAUACAUUUAAUGCCAAUGUUGUCCUGGUAUUGGGUCAGGAAAAACUUUUCAGCAUGCUAAGAGAUGUAUUAAAAAACAAGCCUAAUGUGGAUGUCGUGAAACUUCAAAAGUCAGGUGGUGUUGUGUCCAGGAAUGCAAAAGUUCGACAGAAGGCCCGAAGUUAUAGGAUACGGGAAUACUUUUACGGCCUAACAAACGAUUUCUCCCCACAUGCUAAUGUUGCAAAUAUUAGUGAUUUGCAUGUCUAUCGGAUUGGUGGUGGACCACAGGCACCAAGAUCAGCUCUACCAAUUGGGGCUGACCCUGUCGCCAACCCUCUGAGAUUAGUGCCUGUGAAUGUUGACCAGGAUUUGCUCCAUUUACUUCUUGCUGUUUCAUAUGCCAAAGAACCUGAUGAAAUUAUAUCAAGCAAUGUUGCUGGGUUUAUCUAUAUUACAGAUGUUGACACUAGGAGGAAGACAGUUACAUAUCUUGGACCAUCAGCAGGGAUCCUUCCGAGCAAAUAUCUCAUCUUGGGAACUUUGACAUGGCUCGAAACAUGAAGCGUUCAGAACAAAUUUGGACAUGGCCUGAUUAUAUAAACCACUCAAAGCACAAUUCUCUUUUUCAUUACGAAAUGCUAAUUGUUCUGGUUGAGUGAAUGCAAAGGAGUAUAACAGAGCUAUUUCAAUCACCCUCACAGAGUCAGAGCUUCUUGUGGCUUUUGCAUGUAACCUUAUGCAAAGAUGACUAGAACUU